AUGCUUCAGGCAGUGCGUGUUGUCAAAAAACAUCCACGUGUGCGAGUCGUCAGUCGUUUGGUUGACUUCGCUCUAGUUGAACUAGACGAAGAAGAUGAUGACAAGCCUGGAGAAGACGUAAUCAAUUACACGGACCUUGUGAACUUACUUAAAGGCAGUGAGCAUUCCACAAGCCGAAGCCCACCCACUGAAAUAGACGAUCCAAAUGAAACCAAUCUCAUCGACUUUUCCGACGAUUUUCUGAUCUCCACCAACGUUACUACAUCGACAAAUCUAAACGGUACCAUAACCACUCCGGUGCCUCAACCACUAUCACUUCUCGAUCUGUAG